UCAAGAAGUUUUUCCCAAUGGACAUUGAUCUGAUAUGUUUCUUUGAUCUGAAGAAACUUUUUCUGGACUUGGGUUACCAUGACUAUAAGGCAAUAUUUUGGUAUGAUCCGACUGCUACUGACGUGGAGUCUGGUCUUCACCCAGUUCAUGGAGACAAAGAGAUCAGAGAUCUUCAAAAGAAUAAAAUGCUAAAUGAGGACACUGAUGAAUUCUACAUCUACUUUGACCAUCCAAUCAUGGAAGAUAUAGAGUUCAUUGAUGAUGAUGGUGUUAGUGUUGAGGAAGUGGAAGUACAAGAGGCUAGUGCUGAGGAUGAUAGUGUUGACAAUGAUGCAGAUAUUGAGAGUUUAGAUAAUGAUGAUGGGUAUGAGUCAACAGAAGAUGUAUUAUACAAGCCCCCACCUUCAGGAUAUGGUUUUUCGGAUUUAAGUUCAGAGGAAGAGUUAGUUGGAGCUGGGAAGAAAGGAAAGAAUAAUGGGAAGAAGAAAUUCAAAGUUAGUAAGCCUGUUAAUGGGCCAGUUGGCAAGGGCAAUGGCAAGCCAAAAAGGGCAGCCAUUGGAAGAGAAGAGGUAGCUGGAGCAUCUGUUCAGAGAAAGAGUCAUGGUGGGCCUGGUAGGCCCAAUAAGAGUGAUUAUGGGCCUGCUAAAAAAGACAAAGUAGUUAAUGGGUCUUCUAGUGGCAACAAAAACAAAACUACAGCUACUAGUGUCAAUGAAGGACCAUCAAAGUCCAAAAAACCUGCUACAUUUGAUGAAGAACUUGGUGUGGAGUUGUUACCUGAGUCAGACAUUGAAUUUGAGUAUGAGUCUGAACAAUUUUUGACCUCGAAUGACUCAAGUGAUGAUGGAAGAUGGGUUUGAUUGGCCUCAAUUUAAUCCGAGUGCAGAAUUUGGGGAGGUCAAAUUUCAGCUGAACAUGGAGUUUGAGUCACUUGAACAAUUUAAGCAGGCUCUGAAGGACUUUACCAUAUCAGAGGGUAGAAGGAUAUUUUACAUGAAGAAUGAUAAGAGAAGGGUUAGAGCUGCUUGUAUACAUGGAGGCUUCAUGCUUGGAAAAGAAGUGCAAAAAGCCAAGGCAAAGGCAAGAAAAUCAGUUAAGGAAAAGGCAAAGUUACAGGCUGCUAAAGAAGCUAAUGAAAGUGAGAAAGCUAAAGGGGUGAUGGAAACAAAUGAGGCUCAUCCUGAAGGUGAGAAAAACAAUAAGGGACAUAUUACCAAUGAGGUAGAAGCACAAGCUAAUGCAGUAGAAAAUGCAAAAUGUGGAAAUGAAGGUGAGAAAAAUGGUGAAACAGAGAAGCAUGACUGUCCCUGGCUUAUAUACUGUGCAAAGAACUCACGAUCAGGUGGAUACCAAAUAAAGACCUACAAUCCAACUCACACCUGUGGAAGAGAGUUUGGCAGCAAUAUGGCAGAUCAACAUUGGGUAGCAAGGAAGCUAGAAAAGAGAUUGUUGAGUCAGCCACGGUUGACACAUGCAGAGGCAUGGGACACAUGAAGGUUGAUUACAAUGUGAUACUCAGUGAUAAAAUGCUGUAUAGAGGACUUCGGAUGGCCAGGGAAAAGUAUGUUGGUAACGAGAAGGCGCAAUAUAGCAAGCUGCGUGACUAUCUGAACGAGAUACACCGGAGCAAUGAAGGUUCAUCUGCACUGUUGGCAGUGGAGCCUAUACCUCAAUCUCCUCCAUUAUUUGAUAAAUUGUAUAUUUGCUUAAACGCCUGUAAAAGGGGGUUCAAGGCUGGAUGUCGCCCCUUGAUAGGUUUAAAUGGAUGCUUCCUGAAGGGUUUUUAUGGGGGAUAAUUACUGUCAGCUGUAAGACAAGACGCAAACAAUCAUUUUUAUGUGAUUGCGUAUGCAGUAGUUGACAGUGAGACGAAGGCAAGUUGAAAAUGGUUUCUGCAGUUGUUACAAGAUGAUCUUGGGCAAUACACUGCCGAUGGUUGGAACUUCAUCAGCGAUCAACAGAAGGGUCUUCUGCUAGCACUGAAGGAGGUUAUGCCUAACGCCCAUCACAGAAACUGCGUUAGGCACAUCUGGAAGAAUUUCACAAACAAAUACAAGGAUACACAGCUUAAGAAUGUGGUCUGGGCUUGUGCCAAAAGUUCAACCAUUGCAGAGUUUAAUGAUAAUAUGCAAAGGCUGAAGAGAAUGAAUGAGGACGCGUGGGCUUACCUUGCAAAAUUGGAUCCAGGAUGCUGGACUAAGUCAAAAUUCUGCCACUAUCCUAAACUGGACAAUAUCACCAAUAACAUGACAGAGGUGUGGAAUGCCAAAAUAGUACACUAUAGGGGAAAACCUAUACUCAUAAUGCUAGAGGAGCUCAGAUGUUACAUUAUGCGAAGGAUGACACAACACAAAAAGGCCCUAAGCAUGUAUACUGGUGUAGUUGCUCCUGUACAACAAAAAAGGAUGGAAGCCAUUAUGAAGGACACUAAGCACUAGACUGCUCAAUGGACUGGCGACGAUGCUAGACAGGUUUUUGAGGUGCAAAUGCACAUCAAGAAGCUGGGGGUGCACUUAGGUAAUAACACAUGUACAUGUAACAUGUGGCAACUUACAGGAAUUCCAUGUGUGCAUGCCAUGGCUGCUAUUGCUAAGAGGGGAGACAGACCAGACACAUAUGUGCACAAGUGGCUGAAGAUGGAUGCCUUCAGAGCAACAUAUGGUCAUUCCAUUAGCCCCGUCAACAGUGAAGAGUAUUGGGAGAAGUCUGGAGAAAUAAGCUCAAUCCCUCCCAAGAUUAAGAGGCCAAUAGGGCGUCCAGUAAAGAGAAGGAGACGAGAUCCAGUAGAAGACGGAGCAGAGGGUAAUAAGGCAAAAAAGACCUUCCGAGUCACAUGCGGAAAAUGUGGAGAGAGUGGCCACAAUGCUAAGACCUGCAAGGAAGCUCCUAAGGAUGGAACUAAUCCUAAAGGAAAUGUCAAAUGCAAAUCCAAGGAAAAGUCAACUGUAACACAAGAAGAGGUUCAGGUUUCUCAAUCGGCACCAGUAACUGAGCCUGAGGCACCAACAAAUCAUACUGUACCAGACAUAGGAAUGAAUGUGAAUGCUGCAACUGGAAGACAAAUUCAGCCUCAGCAGCCUAGUAGACGUCCAAAGCAGACAAUAAUUAGGCCAAAGAGACAGGAAAGUGUGAGUGUUGAGACAAUGGCAGCUGCAAGUAGUGGCACAACCUCCAGAAUGUUCAAAUUUAUUCUAACGCCCGGACUGAACCACUCUAAGAAGAAAUGAUGCUUUGGAAGAAACUUAUUGUAAAAUUGACCUGCUAGUGUUUACUCUUGUUAUUUUGAAGAAAAUAGACCUUCACUUAUAAUACUUUGGAACACCACUUUACAUCAGUGUGUGUAGAAGGAAAUAGACCUUCUUUAUUUUGCUAACAUUUUGAAACAACUUUAUGUACAUCCUCUAUGUUAUUUGAAUAUUCC